GUAGCUCAAGAAGUACAGCCCCUAGACUAUUCAGACCUGUUUAUGAUUAUUCUACAAUCAUAUUUUCAAGAUGUGGAAGCUGGAAUCGGAAGCCAACUUCAGCCUCGUGAGCGUCAGAUAUUCAUUUCCUCAGUGUCGUUAGAAGAGAGCACGGAUUCAGUUUGCUGUUAGCGACCUCAAGUCGGUGUGACAUGGAUUAUCAGCCCUUAUUAGAUGAUACCCGAAACUAUGGGAUUGUGAACGCGGGUUACGCACCAGCAGCAACGGGAGCCCCUGCAAUGAUGGCCCCACCCGCGGUAGAGCCCUAUGGCCCGAGCGCACCUCCUGCCAGCAUGUUUGACAACAUGCCUGGGUAUGAAGGGACUGUGGCAGGAGGAGGUGGAUUCCUGCCACCUCCUAUGCCUGCUUUUCCGGCUCCUCAGCCUAUGCCCGGACCUGAACAGCCACACUGGAAUAUCCCAUCUAUAAGUGAAGACACGGCCCGGGAAGCCUUUGUUCUCUAUGCUUCCAGUAAAUGCUGUUACAGUCCUGCUCCAGCAAAGGAUUGUGUUAUCACCGGAAUGGAGGCAUUCAAUACAUACAGGUACACCCUGGAAACAUUUACUGAAUCAAGGUCCACGGAGUGGAGCCAUGAACCAUACAAUGGUCAGCCUGUUGAUGCCUUUACCCAGCCACCUCCAGGAGCUUGGGACAUUCCUUCAAAAACACCUACCUUUUUUGCUGAAGGCAAGCAGCAAAUCAAAGUUCCCUACACAUCUUCCGUGAAGGCCUGCCACAACUGUCUUGGAACUGGGCACAAACCCUGCAAAGACUGUACAGGUGCUGGUAAUAAAGUUUGUUGGGUGUGCAAUGGAUGUGGUUACCGUCAUGGGAAUGAGCAAUGCCAUCACUGUAGUGGGAGAGGGAGAGAAAAUUGCAGUCAUUGUCAAGGACGAGGAUUGAAGAGCUGUGAUGUGUGCCAUGGAAAACAGCAGCUACUGGUCUUCAUUAAACUCACAGUCAAAUGGACUAACAACACAGAUGCUCAUGUUGUAGAACAGUCAAGUGGACUUCACGUAGACAACUUCAGCGAGGUGUCUGGCAAAAUGCUUUUCAGAGACUCUCAGUUCAUGGUGUGUCCAGUGUUGGGCUUUCCAGACUCUGCAAUAAUGCAGGCUUCACAGCGCCUUGUCAGUGAACACCAGGGCAAAUAUUCCCAGACAUCACGCAUUCUGCAACAGCGUCAAACCAUCGAGCUGAUCCCAGUCACAAAGGUCACCUACUUGUGGAAAGAACAAACGCACAUUUACUUUGUUUAUGGAAACGAGUUCAAGGUUCACACAGACGACUAUCCUGCUACUUGUUGCUGCUCUGUAAUGUGAUUACAGUUGGGGACCUUGACUUUUGCAUUCUAUGUCACCGAACAGUCAGAUUUCCUUUCUUUUCUGUUUCUUCUGCUGAUUGAAUGAAGAUGGUGGAAAAUGUGGGAAAACUGAUUAAAAGUGUGCAGAUUUCUGA